AAAUAAUUCAAAUUAAAAAUGUAAAAAUCUACAACCCUUGCAGAUUUCACAAUUCUUUAGAAAUUAGGAGAAGGUUCCUUUGGAUAAGUAUUCAGAGUAAAUUAUAUAAAUAUAAAAAAGGUUAAAAGAGUGAGUGAUUAGUGUGAGUAUGCUAUGAAGAAGGUUAGAAUUAAUAAUUUAAAGUAAAAAGAAAGAGAAAAUGCGUUGAAUGAGAUAAGAAUAUUGGCUUCAAUAAAUGAUGCACAUAUAAUAGGAUAUAAAGAGGCAUUCUUUGAUGAGUUGUCUAAUUAAUUAUGUGUAAUAAUGGAAUUUGCAGCAGGAGGAGAUAUAUCAAAAUAAAUAGGAUAGUGCAUGAAGAAACAGAGUUAGAUUGAAGAGAAAGAAAUUUGGAAGGCCUUAGCACAUAUGACUUUAGGUUUGAGAGUGUUACACAAGUCUGGUAUAUUGCAUCGAGAUUUAAAGAGUGCUAACGUUUUUAAAUCUAUCGAUGGAUAAUAUAAGAUAGGUGAUUUAAAUGUCAGUAAAGUUUCACAUGGAGCAUUAGCAAAAACUUAGACAGGAACACCUUGUAAAAAAAUAAAUAAAUUAGAUUAUGCAAGUCCAGAAGUUUGGAGAGAUUAACCUUAUUCAUCACCUUCAGAUAUUUGGUCUUUAGGGUGUGUCAUUUAUGAAAUGGCUACUUUAAAGCCUCCUUUUCGAGCUUAAGAUGUUUAAGCAUUAUUCAAAAAGGUUUCAUCUGGAGUUUAUGAGAAAAUUCCAAAAUCAUAUUCUAAUUCUUUGAAUGCUAUGGUAAGUUAAUUACUAAAAGUACCUGCUCAUUUACGUCCUACUUGUGAUUAAAUCUUGUCUGAUCCAAAUGUAAAGCCAUAUGUUGAAUAAUAUUGUUAAACAUAAUAAGGAAAUAGUCAAGCAGAACUACUUCAAACUAUUCUAUUACCAAAAAAUCUAAAAUAGUUAUAAGCAAAGUUGCCAAAGCCAACAUAUGAAACUAAUAAAAAUGAAUAUGACUCAAUAAAAUAACCCCCUAAAUCUACAAGAUCUGCGUCUGUAAAUGAAAGGAAGGGAUCUCCAAUUUAAACACCUUAAAUUCCUAAGAAAGAUAUCUCAAAACCAGUAUUAUUUAAAUUCUAAAUUUAGCUAAUACCCCCUGGAUUAAGGAAUAAUUAAUUACCUAUUAAUAUACCUAUUCGUUAAUCUAGUUUAAAUAGACCUAGUUCUUCUGUAAAAAAUUUAAGUCCUGCUCCAAUCAGAAGAUCUGUUGAGAAACAAAACUAAAAUACUUUGAAAAACAAGAGUCCUUCUACUAAAAGAAUUUAUGAAAAUAAUGAGAAUAUCGAUAGAAGUAAUAUAGGUUAAAGAAGGUCAUAUUAAAAUAUAAAGAAUUGA